GGCUCGGCCACCACGGCGGACCCCGUGCGGGUCGUCCGGUUGGGAGGGAACCUGUCACGGACGGUGAGGCACGUAAGGACCAGCUGCAGUCUCGGUAUUCAUCUUACCACCGCUCAACAUCGCGAGACGUGCACUCGGGACGCGCGCACAGGGUAACCCGCCCACUGCCACCAACGCAAGUCUCGCGACACGAGAGGUCAGGCGCGAGGCGACGGCGGAGACGCGGCCGCCGGUAUCCGGUGGGGCUGACCGCACGGCGGUGGUCUGGGCAGCUUUCCGGGCACAAUGCCGUCCCCCUUCUCGGUCACCUCCUUCCCCGUCAGCAUUCCCUCCGUGAUCAUGCAGACGGACUGGACCGAGCCCUGGCUCCUGGGCCUGGCCGCCUUCCACGUGCUCUGCCUGCUGCUCACCUGCCUCUCGUCCCGGAGCUACCGGCUGCAGGUCGGGCACUUCCUGUGCCUCCUGACGCUGGUCUACUGCGCCGAGUACAUCAACGAGGCGGCCGCCAUGAACUGGAGGUCAUUUUCAAAAUACCAGUAUUUCGAUUCGAGGGGGAUGUUCAUCUCGGUGGUGUUUUCGGUGCCGUUGCUCCUCAACGCCGUGGCCAUUGUGGUUAUGUGGGUGCGGAAGACGUUGACCGUGAUGACCGACCUGAAGAAGUUACAGGAGAAGGUGAGAGAGAGGAGAAGGAGAAGAAAAGAGCAAUAACGUCGCAGCUGCUCCGCUUUCCUGGGAGACUUCCCACCGCCGCCGUUUGGAGAGCUGACCUGCACGGGGUGCGGCGCCCUUCUCAGUGGCGGUCGGCAAAGACGACUGUUUGAGGCGACUCUGUUUGGUGUGCAGCAGGCUGUGCUCGGGGACUCAGGCUGUCUCUCCAGCCGUCCGUGUAGCUCGGGUCCCUGCAGGAGGCACGCUGCCCGAUGGCAACACCUCACCAGCAGCAGCGCCCAGGAUGGUGUCUCGGUCGGCCAGCACAGGCAGGCCACACCCUGAACCAGAGCCUGGCCAGCCGCACGGCUGCUCCGGGAACGAGCCCACCCGGAGCUGAGGGGGCCCUUUCUGAAGCUGGUUCUCGCAAGAGUCACUUGGCCAGCCGGGAGCUGGCACCCGGCUGCAGCGCAUGGCGGGAGGCCCUGUGGCUGCAGCGUGGUGCUGGUGGGCGGGGUGGUUUCCUUCCUGGGUCGCCGCGCUGCUCUCCUGGGGCCCAGGGUCAGGCCAGACCCUCCGUGAGUCCUCACAGGCCCAGGGGUCUGUCCAUACGGCACAGCUGCUCCCCACAUGCUCUUGUGGGGGGUCCCAGCGGUGCUGUGGACAGCUGAGCCCCUGAGUGCUUAGCAGCACCAGGCGCCCGCUCCGAGCAGCGUCACCUGUGUCACAAACCAGUGGAUUUGAGAUCACAGAACCCCGGGCUGCAGUGGCAGGCCGUCGAGUCCAGCUCCCACGGGAGGGAGCGGAGCAGCGCUCCGAGUUUGUUCUCCAGGACGCACGGCCCAUGGAGGGACCCGCGGCCUCCAGCCGUUUGGAGCGGAUGCUGCUGACGCACAGAGUGAGGGCGCUCCUCCCCGGGUCUCAGUGGCGGUGUUUUCCGUGUGGGUCACGGGAGCCGUGUCGCCAGUGUGUGGGGACAGGUGGGCGGGCACCAGACUAGCCCGUCUCAAUGCCGGCGCCACGGGCGGUCGGUCGGUCUCGUUCCUGCCCAGCUGGAACCCCGGCGUGAGGACGACAGCUGAGGGGGGUCCACACUUUUAACAAACACAGUGAUUAAAAAUUAUGGUGAUUCAUAAAGGAAAGGCUGUUGGCUCUUGAUUUUGGUUUGAAAAAACGAUUGUCUUAAUUUUGACUAGAUGCUUUUCCCUUAGUGAAACAUGGUCUUCAAAUUUCAAAAAGGAAAAAAAUGUCCUUAUGAACAUUUGUAUUCAGCAGCUGACACCUUGAUAUAUUGAAAUUAAAUCCUGAAGGUCAGAUAAUGUUUUCCUUUUUUUUUUUAAGAUUCCAUUCAUUGAUUUUUAGAGGGGAAAGGAGGGAGAAAGAGAAGGAGGGGAACAUUGAUCAGUUACCUCUCACGUUCCCCCCACCUGGGGACCUGGCCCAGAUCCCACCCAGGCUUGUGCCCUGACUGGGAAUCGAACCGGUGACCCUUAGCUUCGGAGGCUGGCAUGCAAUCCACGGAGCCACACCAGCCAGGGCCAGCCAGUUAAUGUUUUUGUAGACAAUUGUGAACUCUUAGCAGAGUUCCUGCUGUUACUUUUUAGAAGUGACUUGAUAGCAUCUUGUAGAAAAAUCUGGAGCUUUUAACCUGAAAUGCUGUCCAGUCCCUUAGCAAUGUGUCAACUUUUGUAUUGAACAUAAACAAUGACAAACAUAGCGUCCCCUGUAAAGCUGGCCCUGAGGUCUGCCUCACGGCCUGUGUGUGCGCCAGUGCAGACUGCUUCCCAGUGUGACCACUUCCAAGGCACCGGCCACGUCACAAGUCAGCUCCAGGAAGGAAGGGGGGAGUCGUCCAGCCCCCGGGACCGAGCCCAGGUGCCCGGAGGGUCGUGGGGUCUUGUCCAGGCAGCUCCAGAUGUUGGCUGUGGUCAACGAAGGGACCUGGUGUGGACGGGGUGUGUUUUCUGUCCCGAAAGCACUCGGACCAUCUGACUGUGGGCCGUCUGUCGCACUGAAUCAACUUUCUUGUGACAUUAGUGUACUGUCCUCAUGAACUUGAAAUUAAAUGACUUCAGUGUGAAAACACGACGGGUCUUUUUGUUUCUGUGUGUGUGUGAUACUUUUGGAACAGUAAUGUGUAAUUAAAAUAAUAAAUUCAGUGUAUAGUUAAUUUUGAGUGUUGAAGUUACAUGCAUUUAACAGUAAAUGUUGCAACAUUAAAUAGUAAAUUCAGACAA